CCACUUAUUUGACAUGUUAAUAUGUUUUGCCACCUACAAUUUUAUGUGCUAGCUCCUAAUAUUAUCUUGAAGAUAUCCUGUAGCAGUGUCUAUAAUGCUGGACCAAAAAUACAUGAGUUACAAAUGUAUUGAUAAACUAUAGGAGUACACAAAUUUAAAAUAAUUUGAAGCAUAUUUUAUUUUAAAGACAUCAAAAAACAUUUACUUAACAAAAAUGUUAUCACAAUGCAAUUCAGCAAUCAUAUUGCACCAUUCAGGAAGUAAAAGGGGUCUUUACUAAAGAACAAAAAAUGUUAUCAAGGGUUUAUAGGGGAUAGCUAGCAAGUCACCUACCCUGACAGUCAGGGACUCUGAAAUGUGUCAGCUGUUCCAGGGCCAAAACUGGCUGAUCACAAGACACAUCAGCUCCCAUAUAUCAAAAUAGAAAGCAAAGGGCCAGGAACUGGCGUACUGGCACCCCCUGGUGGUGGUGUAUGUAGACAUCAUGUGGAGGCUAUCAGUGACCCACACUGCACGCCAAUCCAAAUGUAAUCUUUGAUACCAGUGACACUGUGGACUGGAGGAAUUUCCAUUACAACUUCUGCAGACCUUCUUCACUGAUCAUCAGUGAAUUGCAUGCUGAGCACCAAUGGGACUGCACUGCUAAUUAUACAUAAAUCAACAAGAUACUGCAUAUCAGAGUUGUCAGGUUUAAACAUGUACAUGUUUCAGUUUAAUUUUCUACUACUAAACAUUUAGCCAUUCACUAAACUUUAUAACUAAACUUUGAGAUCCGUCACUAAAUUAAUUCUGUAAGUUAUUCAUUUUCCUAGUUAUUAUGUGAACCAUUUAUUUUAGUAUAUUCUAUAUGUAUUGCUAAACGUGGAGAACUUUAGUUAACAUUUUUGUGAGUGUAUAUUUUAUUUUUUCAUUGGGUGGCUUUGUUCCUAAAUUGUACUUCUUUGUUAUUUUUGGUCUAAGUGUAAGCUCUACAAUUUAGUUUACUGUGUACAUUACAAAUAUUUGUAAAUGUGAAAGCCUUACUGUAAAUUCAAACAUGCUAAUCCUAUUAUUAUUAUUAUUAUUAUUAUUAUUAUUUAUUUCUUAGCAGACGCCCUUAUCCAGGGUGACUUACAAUCGUAAGCAAAUACAUUUCAAGUGUUACAAUACAAGUAAUACAAUAAGAGCAAGAAAUACAAUAACUUUUGUUCAAGCAAAGUACAAGUGUGACAAACCACAAUUCAAUAAUACAGCAGAUAAUAGUGAUAGUUACAUCAGGAUAUGAUUAAAUAGUGAUAGUUACAUCAGGAUGUGAUUAAAUACAAAGUACUACAGGUUAAACACUUGGCAGAUUACAAUAUUCUGAAGUACAGGAUUAAAUGCAGUAAAAUAGGGGGCAGAUAAGAGCAAAAUAAAGCACAUUUACAUGUACUGGGUUAGUGGUAGGAGAGCCGAAAUGUGUGGGUUGCUAGGCGUGCUCUUGUGAUAACUCUCUAAUUUGACAAGACCAUUAGAAAAGACCAUUAAUAAACAGCUACUAGGAGGGCCAGCAAAAUAUGCCUUUUUAAUUGAAAGCAUCUUCCUUUUUGGAGGAAGUACUGCACAGCCGAACACCUUUGUAUCUUUGUUACUGAACAGUCUUUUGUCUGGUAUUUUUGUUUUUUUGCACGACCGACAUUGUUAAACUGAAGAAGCAACCCUCCCAUCCUGAGUAAUGCAGUACCAUUAGUGGUAUGAGUAAAUCCAGCAACCCUUUUAAACACAAGUAAAUAAGAAGCUGUCCUCAAUGUGAGGACUGGUAAUAAGAGUCUAGGUAAUCCUUACUUCAGUAAUCUUCUGUUUCUUAGCAGUGACUGCGCCAAACAGCUAUCAUGUCAUUCAGUUUGUCCCUCAAAAUAGAAUGUUGCCUCAUAAACAAAGUUUAUAAACUCAUGUGCUCUCCCAAUGGAACAGAAUGGUUUGAUUACUCCGAGAGACACCAAAUUGGCAAAACAGCACAGAUAAAAAAUCUUGGGAAAUUUAUUUAAGGAUCAAGCCAUCAAAAAAGUUAAAUUAAAAAUGGCAUAAUGAGUCGUAAAAACUUUCGUACAGACAUCAUUGCAACUGCAAAAGCGGAUGGCCAGGAGCUUCAGUAUUGGCAUGCCUUGCUGGUAGGAGAUGAAGAUACCAUUAUCAGCAUCAUUGAUGAACCAGAGUCACACAGGAUCCUAAAUGCCAUAUUCGAUACCAGCAACGUUGAUGAAUGGAGGAAUUACAGGUUUAACUACAGGGGUCUGCGGCUGUGGUCAUUGACAUAUGAGCAGGAGCUGACGACCCCUCUGCACAUCACAGCGAGCCGUGGCUACACCGAUUGCCUGAAGCACCUGCUGAUGAGAGGCUCCGAGGUAGACAUAGCCCCGGGGGGAAGGACUGCCCUCCACGAUGCUUGCAGCAACGCCACCACAGAGUGUGCCAAGCUGCUGUUGACUUACGGAGCGAGUGCCAACUCAGUUACAGAAGACGGCUUCAUGCCCCUCCAUUUGUGCACCACCCCACAGUCAUUCCAAUGUGCCAAACUCCUACUGCAGUUUGGUGCCCAUGUGAAUGGAUGCAGCUUGGACGAUGACGACACUCCCCUGCACUUGGCAGCGCGCUACGGCCUGGAGGAGCACGUCGAUCUGUACCUGCGGUAUGGCGCGGCCAUGGAGAAACUGAACGAUGAGGGGCAGACCCCGCUCAAUGCUGCCUGCUCACAGCCACACAGUGCAGAGGAACUGGAACGCUACUACCACAUCUGCAAGCGGCUGGUCGAGGCCGGGGCCAACAUCUUCACCAGUGACCAGGACAAGCAGACCCCUCUGCACAUGGCCUGCAAGAACGUCAACCCCAAAGUGGUAGAGCUGCUGCUGCAGAAGGGGUCCAACGUGAAUAUCAUGAGCUACAGCAGCAACGCACCCAUGCACAACAUCCUUAAGGGGGUAGCCUUCAAGCUGGAGCACCAGCCAGAACUCAUUGUCCGCUCCCUUCUCAACUACGGCUCCAUCCGCGUGUGGCCCGAGGCACUGCCCAAGGUACUGAAGUACUGCUGUCCUUCUCCCAGGACUAUUGAGGCUCUGAUGAACGCCUAUGACCGCCUCAAAAUCACAGACGCCUGGUUGGAGGCUGUUUCUCCUGAAGUCUUCCAGAAACAUCGCUACUUUUAUGAGUCACUCUUUGCCCUGGCUAACAGACCCCGAUCCCUCCAGCACCUGGUUCGCUGCAAGCUGAGGAAAUACUUGGAGGGCCGGCUUCACCAGGCGGUGCCCAAGCUCGGCCUGCCCACCUUCCUACAGAACUACCUGCUGCUGCACUUCCGCGACUGCCUGCACUAACCCGCACAAUAAAUGCAGUGCAAUUUCUUAUUAAUUUGACCAAUAUAAACCCUUUCACCUAGAAGCACAAACAGCACCCCUAAAUCCCUGUAGAACAGCUAUAUUUUCCUGAAAUUGAUUUUGCUAAAAAAAAAUUUAAAAUGCAUUUACUUUGCAGUUAAAUAAAUACAUAAUUAGUCUGCGCCUGUGUGUAUGGGCUAGAUAUAAUACUGAUAAUCCAGUAUUACAGGAAAGGUAAUAAAAUAUGGGGUGUCGUUUUGCCCAAACUGCACAAGAUGGCAUCUUGUAUCACAAUAAGAGGAACCCUACACACCAUCUAUUCCUUCAUAGUACAUGAUGCCAAGUUGAAUUAAUGUGUUUAAUUGACAAUUAUAUUUUUUGUAUUAAUUACUGAAAUAAAGGAGUAAUACAAUAAAAGCUUUAAUAUUUACCUUUUAGCUGACAGAGAUACAGAUCCCUGAUUCUUGUGUUUUAAGCGUUGACUAAAAUUGAUUGAGAUAUACUGUGUCAAGUAAAUGGUUUGAUGGACAUGUAAAUCACAUUUUAGAUUUUUGUUUUUUACUUUUAUACAUUCUGUGUGCAUUUUGCUCAAACUACUGAACAUAUAAAUUCCACAGCGCUUGAAUUUAAACAACUGUUGGUUUGCAAAAAAAAUUAAAUUAAAUGAUUUAAAAA